AUGGAGAAGAAGAGGAAACUCCCGGCACGCGCCGCAGCUCGUGUCGAGCAGGCUGCCAAGAAGAGAACGGCGACGCCUCCAGAACGGACCUCGGUCACGCCCGCGCCCUCGACUACUCCGGCCGUCGACGAGAUCCCCGCUCAGCCAUUGCCCAAGUCCAUCCAGCCAGGCAAGCCCUUGCCCACCGUCGAGGAUGCCCAACCCGACGAGCUCUCGACAAAGGAAUUUCAAUCGGUACAAGAGAGCGGUGUCUUGGCCGAGUCUCUCCACCGAUCGCGGCAUCAAUGGAUCAGCGAGGGCAUCUUCGAAAAGUACUGGUCCAAACCGUCCAAGCGAAAGGGCGUCGUCAUCGAGGAGCCCGGCAACCCGGCCAAGGAUACCAUGAUCAAGCUGGGUCCAGUGGUCAUCACCAUUGAGCCUCACGUCUUCGAGGCCACAAUGUUUGCCGUCAAGGACCCGAACCCCAAGCCUCCUGUGCCACAGCCCACCUUCCGUCCCAUCAUGCAGUACGGUCCCCCCAACGGUACGAUGCCACCGCCUCCGACCCCGACGCCCCCUCCCGCCUCGGGCUCGUCGACACCAGCCAAGGCGGCACCAGCCACGCUGGCGCGCUCGCAAACCCCAGUUGCGGCACCUGUACAACCACAGCAACCCAUCCCUCCUCAGCAGCAAUCCCCAAUGACUCCAGGGACAGCGCCAGUGCCCACACCGGCACCAGUACCAGGACCUGCCACUUCAGUGCCAGCGUCGGGUCCUCCACCGCAAGUGAUGCCCGGAGGCUUAGCAGCACCGGUGCCGGUCCCUUCGCCGGGACACGGACAUGGACCUGUUCCUGCACCCGCACCAGCACAUUCACCUACACCUGUCGGUGCUCCUUCAUAUCCACAGCAGCCCGUUAGCCAGCCUCAGCCUAUGCAGGCGCACCCUCACGUGCAUGCGCCAGGACCGCCGCAUGCACCUCCGCCGCAUUCUGUCCCUGGGCCACCUCCUGCACGAGGUAUGGCUUCUUCGCCGCCAGGCAUGAACCACUCAGCUCCCCAUGCUGCUCCGCCACAUGCGCAGCAACCAAUGGCCCCAGGCCUGCACAUGCCUCAAGGGCACCAAGGGCACCAAGGGCACGUGCCCGCCCAGUCGCCCUCCACGCAACAGCACAUGCCUCAAAAAAUGGCCAUCCCGCCAGCUCCCGCCCAUGCACCCCCGAGACCCAACGGCGUUGGGCCUAGCCCGCCACCGGGACAACCAGGGGCUGCCAAGCCUGCGCCCAUGACCCAUCCGCCCGGCACCGACCCGAUCAUCGUGACUUUGGCGGAGAGGGCUACAGAAGAUCCGCAGCUGCGCGACCUGAUGAAGAGGGUUGCCAACGGCAACGCCCCCAAAUACGAGCUGGACAAGUUCCAGAAGAUCAUCGACGAGAUCACGGCAGAGAGCAAGCGCAAGGGGGCUGUCCAAGGCCCAUCGGCAGACCGGCUCCUCGUGGACGGCAGGACAGUGCGAUAUUUUGCGGAGGAGGUCCGGGCUAUUCUUGACAUUGUCUUCAGGACCAACCCCAAGCAGACCUCUGCAGAUCUGCGGCCUCCUGCGGGCAGCGACCCCCUCGUUGUCUUGCUGGUCAAGGCAGCUCUGGACGAUGCUAAAGUUAGGGAGAUGGUCCGUCGCAUCGCCGACAACCGGCCUCAGUUCUCUGACGCGACCGAUCUGAAGACCGUCCUGGACAGGUUGAAGCACCAGGUGAUCAAGGAACAGCAGGGGCCACGCACGCAAUCGCCGGCCAUUGCGCCGUCGCCUACGACGAAGCACCAGGUUAUGCCCAACGGCCGUCCGGCUCUAGCAGCCAACGGCCCGACCAGAACGCCGCCGCCGCCGCAGCAGCACGUGCCGCAGCAGGCUCUGCGGUCGAAAGGACCGCCUCCGGCCUUGCGAACGGACAUUUCCGCUGUCGUGUUUGAGUUUGCAGGCGGCUCUGGCGACCGCUACCUGUUCCCCAAGUUCAGCAUCCUGGACUUUCUACAGACGGCUACGGGCCAGCAGGUGAUUGCCUCGUUCCUCAUUGUGAGGAAGGGAAGCACAUCCGAGUACGGUGGGGACCCGGCGCUCGACUAUUACCAGCCAGUCACGAUACGGCUCUCUGCCACGACGCAUCGCCACCUGGAGAACUUGGCCAGGGUCGUUGCACCUCCGGACGAGGUCAGGCGCUACAUGGACAACAUCAUGGACAAUAUGACGCGUGCAGAGUACAUCCUCUUGGCUAUGAGGCUGCCCAGGAAGGACAAGGAUGAAAAGGAGUCGAGCACCGAGAAGGAGGUCAACGGCGCCGCGAACAAGGAGGCGGAAGGGCUACAGACGGUGCCGCAUCCGGAACCGAUGCAGGGCGUGUUGUGGACUGCAAAGGUUUCGGCAACGUCGACACCCCCUUUGCGAUCGGUCAAGAAGCAGCUUCUGUCGGAGGAAGAGCAGUACCAGAACUUUAUCACUUCCGUGCAGAGAAAGGAAGUGGACGAGGUUUGA